AAAGGUUGAUUGCAGCUGAGCAAAAAUGGGUAACGUUCCGUCGUUCAUAACUCCCGAGGAGUACCGGCAGCUGCACGAGGAGACAGGCUUCACAGAGAACCAGAUACGGAGACUGUACUCACGGUUUGCUCACCUGGACAAGAGGAGCAAGGGCUACCUCUUUCGGCAGGACCUGAUGUUGAUCCCUGAGCUGGCAGUUAACCCUCUGGGCACCAGGAUCAUCGAGGCCUUCUUCACUGAUGAGAAAGACUCUACAGUGUCAGUGGAGAAGGUGAACUUCCGUCAGUUUGUGAGGACGCUGGCAAGGUUCCGGAGCUCCAAGAAAGGCCACGAGCAUGUCAUGAACUCCAGGGAGAAGAAGAUUGAGUUUGUAUUCCAGGUAUACGACACAGACAGAGAUGGAGCCAUCUCUAAGAAUGAUCUCCACCAUAUCCUACAUGCCAUGGUUGGUCUCCACAUACCUCCCGAACAGCUGAACUGUAUUGUAAAGCGCACACUGAAGGAGGCAGACAAGGAUGAAGAUAACAUGAUUUCUUUGGCAGAGUUAACUGAGGUACUCUCUGCUAUUGACUUGGAUGAAAAGAUGACUGUCAGGUUCAUGCAAACUUGAAUGAUGAUGACACCCAAUUUUAUAACUUUAUGUGUAAUUAAUUUUAUAAAAAUGUUUGUUGUUGAACUAAAAAACAAUGUAUGAAGGAUGUGUCCAUGACAACGAGAGAGCAAACAGUGGGUGUGGCUAGGGUUGCCACAUUUUCUUGUUAGAGAUGAAGCCUUUGGCCUCGUCCACCAAAUCCCCAACCUCUUCCUCCUCUGCCCCACCUUG